AUGACAGAAGACCCUACGAGGAAAAAGUCUUCAGAACAAAAUGUCAACUUAGAGGACCCGACAGCCGAAGAGAAGAAAGAAGAAGUGGAUUCAGAAGCCCACAAUGCAGAAUCUGAAAAGGAUAAGACACAAGAAGAAGGUGAUAAAGAAGUUACUGUUGGAGAAGAUAAAAACACCGUGGUAAAAGAAGAAAACGAAGAUACGAAUAGAAGUCAAUACGACAAAAACAUAACUCAACAGUCGUUAAAUCCAUUUGAAAAUGACACAGCAAAGACCUUAGAAAAGGGUACCAAGAUGGUGGCAGUCGACUUAAAACGGGCAAAGUUCGAAUUGGUAUGUUAACAUGGUUUACAUACGUUUAUGUAAUGUAAGGCUGAAUUCAGUUCGCUUAUUAUGUAAAUAAGGUAUAGAGACACUGAGUGUAGUAUGUAUGAUAGUAUAUUACACUAUUUUCAGGAAGAUGACGAUGAAUCGUAUCUGGAAUCUUCAGAAAAUGAAGACAAGAAUGUUGAGUAUGAACGUAGCAAGCUCGACAAAUUCAUGAAUCUCAUAUGUUGUCGCGGGGAUUUGGCGGAAAAGAAGCUGACUGAACGGCCGGUUACGGUAAAACAACUGGUAAGUACUAAAAAGGACAAGGUAAAACACUCCCAGGCGGGUAAAAAAAGUAUUGUGAUGUUGAGGGAGGUGUUUAUCAUUCAUUGAUAACAAAACAUGAUCAGGCAAGAGUAUUAGUAAUUAAAAGUCGUUAUUAGACUUCAAAGUAGUUUUUGUGAGAAAAUGCAUGUCAUUAAGGCUAACAUGCUGCUGCUAGGCUAACAUGUUCUUUUCACUGUUACCUCGAUUGUAUCUUGACGUCACUUGUUAUGAAUAUUGUUGUAGAUCUCAAAGAAGAAAUUCUUUCUUUUUUGACAGUGGUAAUUGUUUUAAAGUGGCAGUAUUUUUUAAUUUGGUCGUCUUAAUACAUACAAAGUGCUAUAGUAUAUCGUUUUUUAAUACGCAUUUUUUUAAUUGUAAAAAUAAUUUUUUCAGUUCAAGUAUGGUACUCGUCUUGACAACGUACUGGUCGUGUGUGGGAUGGUAAUGGCAUUUCUGUGUGGGUUCUGCCAGCCCUUCUUUGCCAUUAUCGCUGGUAUGUUAGCAAAUGCCUUAUUGUUAUUGGAUGUGAGUGACGCCGAGUUCCAGCGACAAGGAGCGCGAGCAGUGUUCGCUUUUCUCAUUGUUGGAUGCUUCUUGGUCAUCGUCGCUUUUAUUCAGGUUAGUUAUCGUGGUUUACUCUUUUAUCGUAUAAUACCGUAUUUUAUACUUUUAUUGUAAAAUACGGUACAGGUAUGAUAGAUGAAUAAGUAGUUCUAUGGCAUUCAUGUUAUGGUAUUCAGCUGAUAAGUGAAUGCUUUCAGUUUUGUUGUUUCAAUGUCGCUUGUAUUCGUAUCGUGCGUAGAAUCCGAAUAGAGUAUCUGAAGUCGAUUUUGCGACAAAACGCCGGUUGGUUUGAGUUGAAUCACAGUGGAGCUCUCAAUACCAAGCUCAAUGAGUAAGUCCGUCAACGGCCUUAUGUACAUAUUUAUGGCUUUACAUUACCUUUAGAUCAUAAUAUUGUUGUAGCUGUGUACAACAUAUUCUAUCAUGUUCACACUUUGAACAAACUAUUUUUUAACAUUAUAAUCGUAUUCGACCUCUAAAGUAAUAUACUGCUUCACAUUACAGUAACAUUGAGAGGAUUUGUGAAGGAAUCGGCGACAAAUUUGGUCUUCUGAUCCGAACUGCAGUCCAAUACUCAGCUGGUAUGAUCGUCGCCUUGGUUUGGUCGUGGCAGAUGGCGCUGCCUUUGAGUUUGAUCUCUCCUAUUAUCGCUAUGGCUAUGUCAUUGUCUUCAAAGGUGAGCUUGGUGGGGUAGUUGAGGUUUGGAGGGGAGUGUUUUUCAACAUCUUAUCAAUUAAAACUUAUUUCAGAAAAUUGGCGACGCCUCCAAGGUGGAGAUGGCGAUCUACAGUAAGGCGGGUCAAGUCGCGGAAGAGGCGAUAACAGCCGUGAAGACGGUGUCGGCCUUCAACGGCCAAGACCAGGAGGUCGAUCGCUACUCAGACGAGCUCGAGAAAGGUGUCGCGGCCGGCCUCAAGAAGGGAAAUCAUGCUGGAUUCUUGGGCGGGUUCCUGACCAUGAUCACGAUCACGUUCAUGGGCGUCGCCGUUCUCUACGGCACCUUCUUGUACCAGAUUGGCGUCGUCGAGACUCCCGGCGACAUCUUUGUCGUCCUGACUGCCAUCUUAAGUGGAGCCUACCAUCUCGGCAACGCGUCGCCACAUCUCAUGGUAAUGUUGACAGCGAGAGUGUCAGCUGCGACAAUCUACAAGACGAUAGAGAGGACUCCCGAGAUCGAUUCUUAUUCCGUUAAGGGACGGAAACUUUUUGACCUCAAAGGGAAGAUCGUGUUCAAGAAUGUCGCUUUCAGGUAUCCGUCGAGGAAAGACGUCAAGGUGGGCUUGGAACUUGUCGCAAUUAACAACAAUAUGAAUAUGAACAUCUUUAUGUAAAGGUCUCAUCGUAUCUUACCAAACCUUGUUUUAGGUACUCAAAAGUCUGUCAUUCACAGUCCAGCCUGGCCAAACCGUCGCUUUGGUCGGUCAUUCUGGAUCCGGUAAGUCCACUGUAGUCGGGAUUCUGAACCGCCUUUACGAAUAUGAAUCCGGCUACGUGACUAUCGACGGUCAUGACGUCAGAGAUCUCAACCUGAAGUGGCUGCGACAAACGGUGGGCACGGUGCAACAAGAACCGAUCAUCUUUAACGCGACAGUCGAGGAGAACCUCAAGAUCGGCAACCCAGACUUGACCGAGAAGGCGAUGGUCCAGGCCUGCCAGCUAGCCAAUGCUCACGAGUUCAUAGAGAACCUCCCUGACGGGUACCUCACCAGAAUCGGCGACGGAGGAGUUCAGCUGAGUGGAGGACAGAAACAGAGAAUCGCCAUAGCCAGAACAAUGGCCAGAGAUCCCAAGAUUCUGCUUCUGGAUGAAGCGACGUCAGCUUUGGACGCUCAGUCAGAAGCCAUCGUGCAGGAAGCUCUGAAUAACGCCAGCAAAGGACGAACCACUAUUGUCAUCGCUCACAGAUUAUCUACUGUUAAGGUAAAUGUUGAAAAAAAAAUCAUUUGAUAAGCAGCCAAAAAUAAAUAUAAAAAAUUUAAAAAGCUUAUUUUUGCACGGUGCAAGCCAUUUUAUCUACGCCGAAAUGUUUUGCACUGUGCAGUCAUUUUUCACAUCUCCAAAAAACUGCACCGUGCAACCACUUUUCACCCAAAACAAAAAGAAAUGCACGGUGCAAGCCUUUUUCCCUCUACAAAACCGAUUUUUGUGUGCACCGUGCAGUCCUUCGAUCCGCCGGCGACAUCCUUUACCUCGCACUGUGCAUUCCUUUUCAUUCCAAUUCAGUGGAGCGACAAACGUGCGCUGUCCUUUUCUCGCGACUCUUUUGAACACAAAAAUGCGAAAGCUUGUCGCAAUUGUUUUGCGACAAAUUUUCAUUGACUGAAGGCGACAUCUUCAACAAAUUUUUGGAGUUUUUUGUUGUCGUAAGGCACCCGCGACAGAAUUGUCGUCCAAAAAGAACGACAAAAGAGUCCAAAUGAACGUUUCAUUGGCCGCGGCAAAAUUUUGUUUGAGUGACAAAAAAAUCGACACGACAGGGACACGCUCAACGUUGUCGCAAAGAAAAACUCUCUGAAUUGUCGCGAAAAAAGCAGCGACAAAAACAGAAAUUCGUUAAUCAAAUUUUUGUUGCACGGGUCAGAAAUCAAGGAAAUUUGCGACAUUGCAAUUCUUGUUUUCAACACAAAUCGCUCAAGCAAAACGCGACAUUGUUUCUUCUGCACAGUGCAGACAGUAGAAGGUUUGGCGACUAAAAGUUGUGGAUUGUCUGCACGGUGCAGCCUUUUUGGGAAGGCGUUGUUGUCGCAAAACACUGCACGGUGCAUGCAAAAGACAAGAACUGCACUGUGCAAAUGGCAGAAUUUUGCACUGUGCAAGGAUAAAAAAUAAAAGAGGUUUGCAUUGUGCAAAAUCAAAUAAAAAAGAGACGAUUGCACCGUGCGAAUGAAAAACCGUUUAUUGGGCGCAGGUUGGUGGGCAAAUUAUACGCAAAAAUUAAACCCUUAUUUUAUAAAAAAUCUUAAAAGUAUUAGUAUGUACUAAAUAUUGAUUAUUAAUUAGUACCAAAAUGUAGACUUGGAGCGUUUUCCUUCAAAACUUACAGUACCAUUUCAGGACGCGGACAGAAUCAUAGUACUGGACAAAGGGCGAUUCAUUGAAGCUGGUACUCACAAUGAAUUGUUGGAACGUCGCGGAGCCUACGCCAAGCUGGUGAGGGCACAACAGAUUGACAUGAUUCCAGAAGCAGAGGAUUCUGAAGAGUACGAUGACGACAGUACGAAGACGGUAGUGGGGGUGGAUCUGGAGAAGCUGCGCGAGAGUGUCAGGAGGUCGUUCAAACGCGACUUCAUGGAAAGCUCGCAUCUUGGCGACGCCGAAACUGAGGAGCUGGAGGUGGGGUUACUGUAAUUUUUUAAAUAUAUUGUAAAAAUUAGUUUUUACUGCACUUACCGUAUCAUACAGUAACGAAUGAUGACAAUUUCAGAUGGAGAUCGAAAAAGAAGGCAUUUUUCAAUUUUCGAUGUCGCAGCUCUUCCAAGAGGCCAGGUUCCUGUGGAAGACCUUGGCUAUGGCGAUUGCUUGCUGUGUGUUCAAUGCUCUUGCCAUGCCCAUCAAUGCCCUUUUAUAUGGAUUGGCCUUUGCCUUGUUCGACGACGGAGACCGCGCCAACAAGUUGUUGCCAGCCUUUUGGUUCUUCUUAAUGUUUGUCGCUCUUGGCGUGGUCUCAAUGUUCUCUACUUGGUUUACUGUAAGCUUUUUGAUUGAUAUAAUGUACCUUCUAAAGUUUUUAUUUUUAUAUUUACUAUGGUUUUUUGUCUUACAAAGGUGUUGCGACAAGUUUCUUGCUGAUUAUUUUAUCUUUAUCAGGCUUAGUCUUGUUCUACAGCUAUUUCACAUACUGUAACAUUCCUUUUCAGACAUAUAUGUUCGGCAAGGUAGGCGAGAAGCUGACGAAACACUUGCGAGUACGAGCCUUCGAGAACAUUCUCUACCAGGACUCUACGUACUUCGACGAUCCUCAGCAUACUCCAGGCAAGUUGAUCACGAGGCUGGCGACAGAUGCUCCCAAUGUGAAGGCGGCGAUGGAUACUCGGCUGGGGCGUGUCGUGCUGGGAGUACUGUCCAUGUUCAGUGCCAUCAUCAUUGCCAUGUUCUUAAACUUCAGGCUGACCAUCGUAUGUUCGGUCAUGUUCGUUUUACUUGGAACUUUCCAAUUUGUGAUCGCCAGAAAAGUGCAUCAGGAGAGACUGAAGGCGGCUCAAAACGACGAGGCGGGCAGGGUAAGACCUAAAUUUAGGACUUGGGGUGGAUUUAUAUUGAAAUUACACUUGUCAGUUGAUUGUUUUAGUUUGCGAUAGAAGCGAUUGAGAAUGUGCGGACAAUUCAGCUUCUGACAGGAGAGACAGAAACCUACAAGAAGUUUGGGAAACUGUCAGAACACCAACGGAAGACAGAGAUACUGAUCACACCCUGGAAUGUAAGUUCAAGUAUCUUUUCAAAAAGACGUCAUACUGACCUGGUUUCUAUAAAUUAGUAAAAAACAUGUCUAAAACUGUCAUCAACUCUACAUACACUACAACAUGAUGACUUUUUUAUGUUAAUAUAAAUGUCAUCAAAGCCAAGUGAGACUUUUAGUUUAGGCUAUGAACUUUGCUUCAACUCACGGUCUACAACACUUCAAUCUCGCCUUCUGCUACACUUGUGGAUUCGCGUUUGUGUUAGCUGGCUGGACUGAAAAGGUCGAGGUGUUCCAGUAAGUUUACCGUUGUUUUACGUUGAGUUUAUGUCAAUUACUUAUCUUGGUCUUUCCCAAUAAAGGCACUUAUACUCAUUAUAUAAUUAUAUAUCUUUUAAUAUAGUCAUAUAUUACCUUAUCUUAUUGUUAAAAUUCUUUUAGAGUAGUCCAGACAUUGUACUUUGGAAGUUUGGCAGUACUACAAGCUUCUGAAUUCUUCCCCGAGUUCGUCAAGUCGCGGCUGUCAGCUGCUCUCAUGUUCAAUAUAAUCAACCGAAGGCCCAAGACUGGAGAUAUCGACCAAGGAGAGAAAGUCGUACGUUUCUAUAUGUAAAGUUACCUUAAGUUUUAUAUGUUAUGCUUAUGGUUUAUAUGAUUAUCUUAAGAUUUGACUUUGUUCGACCUUAUCGUGUAUCAUUUCAGAAGAUUGUUGGCGAUGUUACCCUUGAUGACGUCUACUUUGCCUAUCCAAACACUCCCAAGAGCAUCGUACUACGUGGAGCUUACAUCAAAGCCAGUGCUGGUCAGACUGUAGCACUUGUAGGACCUUCUGGGUCUGGCAAAAGUACAGUAAUUUCAAUGUUGGAACGGUUCUACGAUCCGCUGGCCGGAGUUAUUGUAAGAUUACUGUACUUUGAAAAAUUUAUAUAUUUUUGCACCUUUGUAUCUUACUAUGACUACACUUCAGUAUAUAUUUACAUCUAUCUGGUUACAUCUAAUAUUAUUUCAGAAAAUUGACGGUAAAGAUCUGCGUUCGCUGAGUCUCCGCAACGUGCGACAACAAGUGGCAUUGGUAGAGCAACAGCCUCGUCUUUUUAGUGGGUCCAUCAAGGAUAACAUCUGCUACGGCCUCGAUCAAAGUCUGGUUCGUGUAGACGAGAUUCUGGAGGCAGCCAGGAUUGCGAACGCUGACAGUUUCAUCAGCCAGCUUCCAGAUGGCUACGACACCUUGGUGGGAGAGAAGGGCACUCAGCUGUCAGGAGGUCAGAAGCAGAGAAUCGCCAUCGCUCGUGCCAUCAUUCGGAAGCCCAAGAUUCUGCUGCUCGACGAAGCUACGUCGGCCUUGGAUUCGGCUUCAGAAGUCGCAGUUCAAGAAGCACUGGACCGUGCCAGACUCGGAAGGACGUGUGUCACGAUAGCUCACAGAUUAUCAUCGAUUCAGAAUUCUGAUCUGAUCGUGUUCCUAGAGGCAGGGAAGAUUCGAGAAGCUGGUAGCCAUGCUCAACUGAUGCAACAGAAAGGAAAGUACUAUGGACUCAUCAAACGACAAGACUUGAGUGUACAGUAA